AUGGGGAAUAUUUGCAAAGACCUGGUCACGGCAUUAGUAAUUCUGCCGAUCACAGCUGGGAAUUACCAAAGGCGACAAAAUGGUUCCAGGUAUUUCGACGGUACUAUAUCGUCUACAGUUUUCUUUCUCAUCUUCCUUGCUGUCAUCAUCAUAUUUACGAUCAGCAAGAAUAUUGAUCACGACCAGGAAAAGCGUAUGGGGGUAGUGUUCUUGUUACUAACGACAAUCAUGGUCUUGGGAGUGGCUGCAUGUGUUACUCUCGGCUGCAUCAUCAAAAAGCAUGGUCUAGCAUUGGUAGUGUCGAAGAGGCGAGAGGGAAACAUCACCAAGCUACAGAUAAUAUUCCUCUGGAUUUUCGGAAUAGUGGCCGGCUUGCUUUCAAUUAGUCUAAUAGGACAGCAAAGUGUGUGUGAGGUUUACAAUUCCAUCAUAGAUGGAGGUAGAUUUUUCUGGAAUUCUAGAUUGAUUUUCAAUUCAAUAACGAUGCUAUUUUUAUUUACUGAAAUAAUAUUCAUCAGUUAUUUUGUUCAGUAUAACCUUAGAAACUCUACCUUCAUUCGUUACGUGUUGUUUAUACUUUUGUCUGCCAAUGUUUCAGUGUGGCUACAUAGUGUUAUCAUAGACAACGAGCUUUUCCCUGACAAUAUCCUUGAGAAACAGUUCGGCAACAGUAGUAACAUUCUAUACUGUAUUCAAAACGGUACGUUUGGAACUAUUAUCAACAAAUUCAAAACAGUUUCUAAUCCUUGUUUCUUAGAGUUCUGCUUACUAUCUGUCACAAUGCUUUUAGAGAUGUGGUCUCCUACUACGACAGAAAACAGCUCUGAAGAGGAGGUACAGACAUACCAGGAACUUAAUCGAUUGAGUUAUUCUGUAAACGACCGAUCAACGCUCUUGGAAAUCUCUGUUGACAACGAAGACAGAUCCUCUGGUGCAAGACCCGGUCGGACUAUCCAGCAACUCGUCACGUUUUUUGUGACUGUAGUCAUCGGUUUAGGUUUGGAUGUUUCUUAUUUAGUUUGUGUAUGGUUUCCCAAAAAUGCUGAGAUACUUAUGAUGAUGGAAAGGUAUCAUACUAUCAUUACUAUCGCUAUGAUUGUGGCAAACUUUGUCGGAUUUUACUGUUUAGUUCAUUAUUGUAAGCCGGACAGGGCAAAUAAGCCCUUGAAAGUUAGUGAAUAUGUGUAUCUGUCGUCUGUAUUAGGGAUCCUCAUGAUACACGUGUGUGAGAUUGUCUCGGCUUAUUACACACAAGGUCCUAUCGCACAACUAAACUUGAUUACAUACAUUCUCGGAAUAGUACAGAUUUAUUUACAAGUUGUAUUUCUGCUUCAUGCUAACAGGUGUAAAAUAUCUAACAUACAAACAAAUGUUCAUCUUCUUGAUUGUGUACUGAUAUUCCUUAUGGUUAUCAACUUGAACAUAUGGAUGAGUGAUAGUUUCAUUGUAGAACAAUUUUCAGUUCUCAAAGACGUUGAAAAACAAAUCCUCGGAGACAUUGUAAUGAACCUUUACUAUCACGUUCUCCUACCAACUAGUAUUUUCUUCAGGUUUUCAUCUGCACUGGAGCUGUUUGCAACUUUUAAAAUGUACAGUAAAAAUUGUACACGUCAUGUCUUACACUGCCGUUGA